AUGGAACAGGAGCAGCGAAAAUACAAACGAAUCAUUUAUUCAUCUUCUGAAAAUAAAGAUUCGGAUAAUGAAAACCUUGAUAACGCCGAUAUAGAACCCUUGAAUUCAGAGUAUCCAAGCGGCAAAAAUAGUGCUUUAAAUAAUGAGGAGACAAAAUAUGACUCGGACCAAGAACCGGUAGUAUCAGAAUUAGAGCCUGACAUCCUUAUUGCCUUAGUACAUAAAUUCAGAGCCAAUAUUAUGAUUGAAGAAGAAUAUGAUGAUGAAUUACCACCGAUUAUAGUCAAUUCACGGAGUAACAAUUCGAGUGAAUUCACAAUGCCAUCAGCAGACAUUAUUGCAUCGCAACGUGCUCGCGAAGAGGAAUGUGAGCGUGAACUUAGAUUACUUCGAGAGUUGCAUGCCUGUAAUGAUCAAAAACCAGACAUAGUAACACAAGUUGAUACUCGGAUGAUACACAGUGAUUCCAGUGGCUCAGAGGGAGAAGGUGCACUUGCAGCAGCAGUAGAUGCUCUACGUGUGCAACCAAUGAACAAUACAUCUUUGCCUGUAACAGUGGACUUGAUUGAUUUCAUAUCUCAGCUUAUAGAGCAACUCCCUGAAUAUGACACACAGUUCUUGCAAGAUUAUCUAAAAGUCCUUCAACAAGGAAAUCCAACUAUUACACAACACGUAACCAAUGAGGUGCUAUCAGGUAUAGAAGCGGCGCUGCAGAGCGAGCAGAGUGUGUGGGCGGGCGGGGGGGUGGUGUGCUGCGGCGCGUGGCUGUGCGGCGCGAGCCUGCGUGCCGCCAGCGCGCCCGCCGCCAGCCCGCGCGCUCCCGCCCUGCGCACGCGUCGCGCUCUGCACGCGCUGCUGCAGCACGCCACCGACCAACAAGUGGAUGAGUUAGGUCGAAUUAUGUCAGUGACUCUUCGCACUCCACAAUUGUUAUUGGAGUUAAGUGACGCCGUACAAGGUGCUCCUGGGGCUCCGAGAAAUCUGGCCACCCAGCUUUUGAAAAGUGCACUUGAAAAGGAGAAGAGUUUAGGUGUGCGCUACACGCUGGUGCAGUUAGCGGGCCGCGCGGCCGCGUGCGGGGAGCGGCGCGCCGCCGCCGAGCUGCGCGACGCACUCGCCGCCGCGCCGCGCCCACACCACAACCCCGACCACCUCAAGGUAGCAGUUGGAGCAUCGAAGUUGGAGCUCCUGUUCCGCGCAAAGGACACAUUGAUGGAUAGAUAA